AUGGCAAGCGCAUCAGUCACCGUCAUCAAGCCCAACGGGCCUCUGCCCGGCGCCCAGGCCUCGGAGACGACCAACGAGCUUCCUCGUCCGUACAAGUGCCCUCUCUGUGACAAGGCUUUCCAUCGUCUCGAACACCAGACAAGACACAUUCGCACUCACACAGGAGAGAAACCUCACGCUUGCCAGUUCCCCGGCUGCAGCAAGAAGUUCUCCCGCUCCGAUGAGUUGACUCGUCACUCGCGAAUUCACAACAACCCCAACUCGCGCCGUGGGAACAAGGGCCAGCAUCACCACCAGCACCACCACCAUCAUCAGGGCCUGCCUCCUCAUAUGCACCAUGAGGGCAUGAUGGCGCCUCCUCCGGCACCCAAGACGAUUCGCUCUGCUCCUACCUCGACCCUUGGCUCUCCCAACGUCUCACCUCCUCACUCCUUCGCCUCAUUUGCCCAGCAUCCUCAUCCACCACCUAUGCACCCUUACAACCGUGGCGGUGAUAUUUCAAUGCUGGCCAAGGCUGCAACUCAGGUGGAGCGUGAGACUCUGGCCGCGCCUCCCAGUCACAGCGCUCGGCACUAUUAUGGCCACGGCAUGCACAGCUCUCGGGGCCACCCUAACGGCUUAUCGUCGUACCACAUGGCGAGGUCUCACUCGAACGAAGACCAUGACGACCACUACAACGGCAUGCGCCACGCCAAGCGUUCAAGGCCAAACUCUCCCAACUCAACGGCCCCUUCGUCUCCAACUUUCUCGCAUGAUUCACUUUCACCUACUCCGGAUCACACCCCGAUUGCAACUCCUGCUCACUCGCCUCGUCUCCGACCCUUCUCGGGCUACGAGUUGCCAAGUAUCCGCAACUUGUCGCUUCAGCACAACACGACACCGGCUUUGGCACCCAUGGAGCCGCACUUGGAUGCCCCGCAAUUCCCUCCCCAGUUGAAUGCUCCCCGGAGCAAUGGAAUGUCCCUGACGGAUAUUAUCAGUCGCCCUGAUGGCGCGCAGCGAAAACUCCCUGUUCCCCAGGUUCCCAAGGUCGCUGUUCAGGACUUGCUGUCAGACAGCGGAUACAGCAACAGUGGCAGAAGCUCGGCCGCCGGUAGCCUUGCUGGCGGCGACCUGAUGGACCGGGUUUGA